AUGGCAAGUAAAGGAAAAGGGAAAGGAAAGGCAUCUAAAAUAGAGCAAAAAGCUACAAAGAAGAAGACAGCACCUCAACCACAAUAAAGUUUAGCGCUUUAGUAUGAAGGUGCGUUAGAUAACGCUUGCUUUAUUGAUUGCAUGCUAAAGAACGGAAGCAAGUUUAUGAAAGCUAGAAUAUUAGGUGCAAGGCUAAGAUUUGGAAUUGAUCCAAUGGCUCCAAAAAAAGAGGACUCAUAUGAUUACUAUGUACACUACGAAGGAGAGAAUAGAAGAUGGGAUGAAUGGGUAAAUAUAAGUCGUAUUAAGAUGACUGAUGAACUCAUACCAGAAGAGCCUAAGAAAUAAUAAAAAGUAAAAUAAAAUGAUUUCAAUGAGUACGAUGAGCAUGAAGGUUUUGAUUAAGAUGCACUUAACAGUCAUUUAGAACACACUAAAUUCAAGACAAUUGAAAGUGUUAGAUUGGGAAAAAUUGAUAUGGAGUCAUGGUAUUAUUCACCUUUUCCUUUAAAUUACUAGAAUGUAGAAAAGCUUUACUUUUGCGAGUACUGCAUGAACUUUUACAUUCUAGAAUCAGAAAUGUAAAGACAUUAGAAAUCCUGUAUUUUAAGAAGUCCUCCUGGUGAUGAAAUCUACAGGGAUGACACGGGACCUAUAAGCAUAAGCAUGUAUGAAGUAGAUGGGAAAAAGAAUUCAGUUUAUGCAGAAAACCUUUCUUAUUUUUCAAAGUUAUUCCUUGAUCACAAAAAUUUAUAUUGGAAUAUGGAUCCCUUCCUUUUUUAUAUUUUAUGCGAAAAUGAUGAUGAAGGUUCUCAUAUUGUAGGGUAUUUCUCUAAGGAUAAAGAUAGUAAAGAUAAUUAUAACUUAUCUUGUAUUUUAAUCUUUCCUAUCCAUUAGAGGAAAGGAUAUGGUAAAUUUCUGAUAAGCUUCUCAUACGAGCUGAGCUCUAUAGAAGAUAAAGUUGGUACUCCAGAGCGUCCUUUAUCUGAUUUAGGAAGAAAAAGCUAUUUAUCUUGGUGGUGCUAGAGAAUAAUAUAAUAUAUUGAAAGUAAACCAGAAGAUUAUUCAUUUUCUGUUGAAGAAAUAUCAAGAGGCACCUAUAUACUAGAAAAAGACAUUCUUUACACACUAGAAUAAAAAGGGUUGGUAAAAUACUAAGGAGGUAAUUCAAUUCUCCUAACGGAUAGAAAUUACUUGAAAAAAGUAUUUAAAGAAGCUGGGCAUCCAGGCAUACCAGUAAUUAGAGAGAAUAUACAUUGGGUGCCUUACAAAGUAAACUGGAAUAGAGAAUAUAAUAUACGUUAGCCAGAAUAUGAUCCAUUUAGAGGAUCUAAUUAUACAAAUGUAUUUUUAAAACCAUCUGCAAUAUCUCAAAUGAAUCCUAAUUAAAAUUUGGCAUCAAGUUCAAAGAAAAAGACUCCAUCUAAGAAAGUAGCUUAAAAAUAAGCACAAUCCUAGCUUUAAACACCUCAAUCUAAAAACUUAAAUGGAUAAGAUAACUAAGAUGGAAAUCAGGAUGAACACUUGUCUUCUAAUCAAGUUUGA